AUGGGAAGGUCCCCUUGUUGUGAUAAAGUGGGUUUGAAGAAAGGGCCAUGGACACCUGAAGAGGACCAGAAGCUUCUCGCUUAUAUUCAAAAACACGGUCAUGGCAGCUGGAGAGCCCUUCCUCCAAAAGCCGGGCUGCAUAGAUGUGGGAAAAGCUGCAGAUUGAGGUGGACAAAUUAUUUGAGGCCAGAUAUUAAGAGGGGAGAGUUCAGCUUGCAAGAACAACAAACUAUCAUCCAGCUUCAUGCACUUCUUGGAAACAGAUGGUCCGCCAUUGCAAGCCACCUCCCAAAGAGAACCGACAACGAAAUCAAGAACUACUGGAACACCCACCUGAAAAAAAAACUGACCAAAAUGGGCAUCGACCCCACCACACACAGGCCCAAGAGCCACGCCCUCGGCUCGGCCCAGCCCAGUAAGGACAUCGCCAACCUCAGCCACAUGGCCCAGUGGGAGACGGCCCGCCUCGAAGCCGAGGCCCGAAUUGUCCGCCAGUCCCGCCUCACCUCCUCCCUCCAUCCCCCGCUCGCUGCAAAUUCCGCCCCCGCCACCGCCUCCCGCCCCCCGUGCCUCGACAUCCUCAAGGUGUGGCGGGCCACCAACAGGGGCAAAAUGGACAUUUCGCCCCUCAACAGCUUUUUCAGUGGGCCCCACCAGCUCGAGUCCCCGACCUCCAUACUCAACUUCUCGGACGCCGUGAAUUACGCGGCGGAGCCAGAGGGGAGGCACAAGGGCAUUUUGGGAAAUUCGUCUGUGGUGCAGGUUCGUGAAGUCAAGGAUAUUAUGGACGAUUGUUUUUUUGAUAUCCCGAGUUUCUUGGAGGGCUUCGCGGAUGUUGCGAACGCGACUGGGCCUGCCGAUAAUUACUGGAAUAACAUCUUAAACUCGGUCAACUCGCCAAUCGAUUCAUCUGUGUUUUAA